AUAUAAAUGUGUUUUCGCCGGUGGGCCUCGGUUCUCCAGCCGCUGCACGGAGCGCGGAGCGGAAGCCUUGUUCCAAUAAAGCAGUGGACACGUAUCGGAAACAUUGUUUCACUCCCGAGACGCUGCCGGACGCGGCGCGAUCAUUGCAACAUUGUAACCAGUUUCUCCCAGUUAACGCAGCACUUGCUAAGCCGCGUGAACUUCAGCUUUUCAAUGGUAUUAACUGGGAAAGCGAGCUGCGUCGUUCUCGGUAACCGAACUGCCACACACGAGCUGCGCAACGGCAGCUUUAUGUAAGCUCGGACUGCAACGCCGGACGUUAUUGUAGCGCAUUUGCUAACACGUCCGGAUAGUUUGUCAUGCAUUACAUGAGCUGAGUUAGUUAAACCGAGGCUGUUCUAGUACGUUAGCGGCGUAGCAAGCGCUUAGUCCCAGCUCACUCUCCUAUCUGUUCUGAGCUCCAGCGUAGUUUACGCAUUCAGGGCUUGGAUUUAUACGGAUGUGUUCAUUCGGGUCGCCAACGUUCGGCGUAGCUAAUGUGGGCUAGCUCGUUGGCUAGGACCGUGACACUACUGUUCCCUCUCCAGUUAUUCAACCCCUACCCUUGCUUUUCAAGGCAGUGGAUUAUUAAAAUUUCCUAAAAUAAAGAUAAUAAAACACAUUUCCUUUCUGUUUUCACUUUGAGUGUCAGCGCGGGCCUAAAUUAAGGUGCGCCAUAGCUGUAGUCUGGCAUGUAGGGAAGACGCACUGGAAUGUAAUUACAGCCAUGAAACAGCAGCGUUUAGUGGAUUUUGCAGCUGUUCUGCUGGUUCGAGGCAUUGUCGGAAAUCAUUUUAGUAGUGUAACAAAAUAUAAAAAUGGAAAUAAAAUCUACAAAAAAAUGAUGCGGUGUUGUAUAUCAGCAGGCAAGACAAAUCGAUUAUACAGCGGAUUUCAUAAAGCGAGUAGACCAUGCUCUUGGCUCAGAUGAACAGACACACCGAGAGCAUGGAGUUCCAGAGUGUUGAUGGUGACCCCCAACAGGUCACCCUUUGUCUGACAGAGGCCGUGACCGUUGCGGACAGUGACCACAUUGAGGCUAUGGAUACAGUGAGUUUGCAGGCAGUGACUCUGGUGGAUGGUUCUACAGCGUACAUACAACACAGCCCUAAAGUUUCACUUUCAGAAAACAAGAUAAUGGAAGGACAAGUGAUCCAGCUGGAGGACGGCUCUGCCGCGUAUGUCCAACACGUCCCGGUGCCUAAAGCAGUUGGAGAAGGACUCCAACUUGAGGACGGCCAAGCUGUGCAACUAGAAGAUGGAACAACCGCCUACAUUCAUGCAUGCAAAGACACAUAUGAUCAGGCUGGGUUACAGGCUGUUCAGCUGGAGGACGGGACCACUGCUUAUAUCCAGCAUGUGCCUCAGUCCAGCACCAUCCUAGCGAUCCAGGCUGAUGGUACCAUGGCAGACCUGCAGACAGAGGGCACCAUUGACUCCGAGACCAUCAGUGUACUGGAGCAAUACUCGGCUAAGAUGGAGGCUACGGAAUGUGGCACAGGACUGCUUGGUCGAGGUGACGCCGAUGGCAGCGUGCAUAUGCAGAUUGUUCUCCAAAGCCAUGAGAGCAGAUCACCCAAAAUACAGCACAUCGGGGAGAAGACCUUCCGCUGUGAUCAUGAAGGCUGUGGAAAGCUCUACACCACAGCACACCAUUUAAAGGUACACGAGAGAUCGCACACUGGGGAUAAACCUUAUAUAUGUGAACAUCUGGGCUGUGGGAAAAAGUUUGCCACAGGAUACGGCCUCAAAAGUCAUGUUCGCACACACACUGGAGAAAAACCGUACCGCUGUCAGGAGAUCAACUGCCUUAAGUCAUUCAAGACAUCUGGGGACCUGCAGAAACACACACGAACACACACAGGGGAAAAGCCUUUCAAAUGCCCAUUUGAAGGGUGUGGAAGAUCUUUCACCACUUCUAACAUUCGAAAGGUUCACAUUCGAACGCAUACUGGCGAGCGGCCAUACUACUGCUCUGAACCCAACUGCGGACGAGCUUUUGCCAGUGCCACCAACUAUAAAAACCACAUGAGGAUUCACACAGGGGAAAAGCCGUACGUCUGCACCGUGCCUGGCUGUGACAAACGCUUCACCGAGUACUCCAGCCUCUACAAGCACCAUGUAGUGCACACACCCUGCAAGCCCUACAACUGCAACCACUGUGGGAAAACCUACAAGCAGAUCUCCACUUUAGCCAUGCACAAGCGCACGGCCCACAACGACACGGAGCCCAUCGAGGAAGAGCAGGAGGCCUACUUUGAGCCCCCGAUAGAGGCCAUUGAUGACCCUGCAUUAACGCUGACCCCAGCUGUGGUAGGAGAGGACAGUGGAUCAGAGCAGGUUUCAGUGGGAUCGGAGAUCAUGAGUCAGCAACAUGUAGCCCUCAUCUCUCAGGAUGGCACAGAACAAGUGCUCUCUCAAGCCGACGUGCAAGCGAUGAGUGGCACGAUAACCAUGGUAACACAAGAGGGAACCACUAUAACUAUCCCAGCACAUGAAGCGAUGCUUUCCACAGGAGAGGCUCAUUCUGUCACCAUGGUUUCAGCAGAUGGCACAGAAGGACAGGUGGCCAUUGUGACGCCAGACCUGUCCGUGUUCCAGACGGAGGACGGCGAGCUGCUACAGGAAGAAGUUCAGCAGCAGACUGCCAGUUCUCAUCCAGUCACAUUGUUGGCUACCGCCAAUGGCACACACAUAGCUGUGCAGCUUAGUGAUCAGCCUUCACUGGAAGAGGCCAUCAGAAUUGCAUCACGAAUACAACAAGGAGAAAACCCAGGCCUGGAUGAUUAAAGCAUGACAUUCAAUUGUGUGUGUGUGUGUGUGUGAGAGAGAGAGAGAGACUGACUACAGUGAACAAGUGUCAAAUGUACAAAUAAGUUUGUAUUGCUAUCAUGAAUGCUCUGUUUCAAAAGGAUUGAAGAUAUUUUUGUGUGCAUUUAUGUACAUAGCAAUGUUUUGAAACUGGAAUUUUUUGCUGUAAAUAUUUAUUUGAUUCCUCUAUUGAAUACAUGACUUUUUAGGAACUUAUGAGAUUAACAAACGAGUAUUAUUUCAUUUUGAGAAAGUUAGAUUUGGGCUUCUGACUGAAAAUAAAACAUGAUAAACUCUAACUCA